AUCUGAGGAGAGAUCUAAGGUAAGGAACAAACAGGUUCAAUAACUUUCCUAAGAUCACACAGCAUAAAAGUGGUUGAGGCAGAAUUCAUAUUCAGAAAUUAAGAGAGAAGUGCAAAAGGAGAAAUAGAGAAGAGCUAGUGAAGGAAAGACAGAGAAAAGGAGGAGAUAAAGGGAAAGGAGAGAUGAAAGGGAGAGGGAGAAACAUGGGGAAAAGAUGUUCAGAGAAAUUGAGAAAAAGAGACAGAGAAAUAAAAGAAGAAAGGGAAUAGAGAAUGAGAGAUGGAAAGAUAAUGUGCACUGAACCACACUGUGUAUCAAAAACUAAGCACAAUAUUUGAGAUGUACAAUCUUUGAGGGCAAAGGUGGAAUAUAUCUCAUAAUAUUUAGCAAAGUGAUUUUCAUCAUAAAUAUAUAUUGUGUAUAACAUAGAGUUCUAAUCAGAUACAAGAUAUGGAGAUGAUGUGAAGAGGAAGAGAGAAACAGAAAGAAGGAUGGAUAUCAAAGAUUAAAGCAGGUCACUAAAUCUUUUAUUUUGUUUCCCCCCAAAAUACAGCAGGUGAAAAUCUCAUCCUUGAGUAGAAAGGAAUCAAACAAGUCAUACUGCCCCACUUUCUGUCUCUGUACUGGCACUUAGGCUGUUGUGCAAGCCUAAGUCAUACUUUUGAACCAUUCUCCAAAGAGUCAUUGCUCCAGAAACUAUGAUCACAAUUUGCAACGACAGCCACAGUGAUUUCAUUCUCCUGGAAUUCUCUGACAAGCCGUAUUUAGAGCAGAUACUUUUUUGGGUCAUUCUGAUAUUUUAUUGCUUGACAAUUGUAGGAAAUAUGGUCAUAGUUCUUGUCUCCUUGAAGAAUACAAAAUUCCACAUUCCUAUGUAUUUUUUUCUUUCCAACCUUUCCUUGGUAGAUCUCUGUUUCACAAGCAGCUGUGUUCCACAGAUGUUGGUUAAUCUCUGGGGUCCAGAGAAGACCAUAAGCUACACUGGCUGUGCCAUUCAAAUCUAUGUCUUCUUAUGGCUUGGGGCCACUGAAUGUGUCCUUCUUGUGGUCAUGGCUGUGGAUCGCUUUGUGGCAGUAUGUUAUCCACUGCAAUAUACCACUAUCAUGUACCCGAAACUCUGCCUGCAGCUCUCCAUUCUGGCAUGGGGGACUGGUCUGGCUCAGUCUCUGAUCCAGUCCUCUGCCACCCUUCAGUUACCCUUCUGUUCCCACCGGAGAGUGGAUGACAUUGUGUGUGAAGUCCCAGCCCUGAUUCAGCUCUCCAGUGCAGACACCACCUACAAUGAAAUUCAGAUGUCCAUAGCCAGUAUUAUUCUCCUAGUGGUGCCUUUGAUCAUUAUCCUUUUCUCUUAUGGUGCUAUUGGUAAGGCUGUGCUGAAGAUAAAGUCAACUGCAGGGCAGAAGAAAGCAUUUGGCACCUGUACUUCUCACCUUCUUGUGGUUUCCCUCUUCUAUGGCACUGUCACAGCCGUCUACUUUCAACCCAAGAAUCAUUAUGCUCCCGAACAUGGCAAGUUUCUCACCCUUUUUUACACCACAGUAACCCCUACUCUUAACCCCCUUAUCUACGCUUUAAGAAACAAAGAAGUAAAGGGGGCACUAAUAAGAUUAGGGAGGAGGACCUGAGAUUCCAAGAAUAACCAAGGAAGUUGACCUAUGUUGGGCUGUUGCUUAAUCUGUAAAGAUGGAACAACCUCAUCACAAAGAGCUGGAGAUAUAGUUCCUAAUCCUAAAGUAGGAGA